CUCUUGACCCAUGGUUCUGGAUCUGGAGGGGCUGGAGGAACAAAGUUAAGCCCUCUUCUAGUGGCAUUGAUCCUCGAAAUAGCUCCGAUUUUGCCCAUGCGCUCGACGUCAUUGACAAAACGUCCACUUUUUUUUUGGGACGACGGCUGUUAAAUUGUUGCCGAUAUCCUUACGAGCUGGACUAAGCAUUAGCCAGGAUCAUAUUGGCGUCGCCCAAGCUCGACUCUGCGAAUCUUUUCAAUGACCCCAUCCCCUUUUAUACGUACCUCCAAGCCGUACCGCCCGUAUACAUUCGCUUGAGCUGCUGGCUGUUGGAGUGCUCUCAACACCGAAGCACGGAAGUCAACACCGCAAUCAUGCUCAGUUCAAGUCUCCUCACACUUGGCUGCCUCUUUGCCGUUGCAGCGAAUGCACAAGAUUCGAGUCAGAGUGUUAUUACCCUGACUGGAGCAACGGACACGACACCAACGGGAUCAUACCUCUCAUAUGCUUCUACUCUUACAGUACCUACUACAACAACCUCUUCAGCAAUUAGUACAUCUGUUGUUGUCUCAACAAUUACCAGCGGAUCCACGACACGAACUACUACUCUGGGGACGAUGACAAUAUUUGGAAUUGGGAGUGUGAUUACCGGCAAUGCUACUCAUUCAAGGGCUUCAACCCAAACUACAGACUCUCAAGUCAUCCUUUCAGGGCGUCCUCACACCACCACAGCUCUCAAUGGGACAGCCAAUUCAACAUCUACUUCCACCUCCUCUUCCGCCGAACCUACGAAUACCACCCCUUGUAAUAACUACCCCGAAUUCUGCUCUCGACCAUAUGGCAACAUCACCGAGGUUGCAGCCCACAACUCACCAUUUGUGAAGACUGGGAAUGCAGCUUCCAAUCAAGCUUUGGACGUCACAACCCAACUAAACGACGGCAUUCGUCUUCUCCAAGGUCAAGUGCAUUUCAAUGGCAGCAUACCACAUUUCUGCCAUUCCUCCUGCGAUAUCCUUGAUGCAGGCCCGAUCACGGACUACCUUGGUAAAGUCUACGACUGGGUCAGCACUCACCCCUACGACGUUUUGACCAUUCUUCUUGGAAACGGAGAUUACAGUCCCGUCACGAAAUACGUUCCUUUCCUCGAACAGACCGGAUUAGUCCAGUACGCAUAUCAACCACCAAAAAUUCCAAUGGCUAUUACCGACUGGCCAACUUUGGGCUCUAUGAUUCUGACUGGUAAACGAGUCAUCUUCUUUAUGGAUUACGAGGCAAAUCAGACGGCUGUUCCUUAUAUCCUCGAUGAGUUCUCACAAAUGUGGGAAACGCCUUUCGACCCCACGAACCGCUCCUUCCCCUGUACGAUCCAACGACCCCCGGCGCUUCUGCCAAAAGACGCCCCAUUCCGCCUCUACAUGACAAACCACAACCUGAACUACAAUAUCAACAUCCUUGGAAAUAGUCUCCUCGUACCAAACAUUCCACUAUUGAAUAUCACUAACGAUAACGGAACUGAAUUUGGAAGCCUCGGGCUCAGCACACAGCAAUGCAAUGAUACGUGGAACUAUCCACCGAAGUUCUUGAACGUUGAUUACUACAACGUUGGAAAUGGAUCAGUGUUCGAAGUAGCUGCGAAAUACAACAAUGUCACGUAUAACAGGGUUUGUUGUGGGAAGGCAGUCAGCGCUGCGUCAGGUCUCCAUGAGGUCAUUGGGCGGAGCACCAUGUUGUUGGCGAUUUGUUUGGUUGGUGUUAGUUUGUUACUAUUGUGAUGAAGAGAUAUUCUUGCUAUGUUCGCGAUCUGUCAUGAGAUAUGAUUUGGAAACGAUUCAAGGAGCAUAGAUGGUUAGAUACACAUUGGCAUGGCGUUUGGGGAGAGCGGGACAUAAAAUGUUUGUACAGUACACAUUUAGAUUUGUAUAUGAGUAAUGUUUGAAAUAUCAUCUUAAUCAUGGAAACCUAAGUUACUCGAGGCUUUCAAGGAAAGUAAGUCCCGU